AGUUUUAGAAUACUGUUCAUGUGUUUGUAGACACAGCAUUUUUAGUUUCUUUCACUGUCCCAUUUAGGCCUUUUGUUAGAUAAGAGAAAAAGUGCUGUAGGAGAGAACAUGUCCUCAAAAAGGGAAAGGGAAGCUGUUGAUAGAGUAGAGGAUGAAGGGCUUGAUAAUGAGUCAAAGAGGCAGAGGCUGGAUGACGAUUCCUCCCCCUCUCCACCUCCUGUCUCCAUUGCAAAUCCUCUUUCUGGGUUGGCCAAUAAUUAUGCUGACAUUGAUGAGGAGGAAGAUUAUGUUAGAAGGGAAAGGGGUUCUGUUAAUGAGAGGAGGAAUGAUGGAUCCCAGCAUAAUGGACAUAAAUAUGGAGAGGCUGAUGAUAGUGAUGAAGAAGAUGAUUCACGUGAACAAUUUAGUGGAAGAAACAAUCGCCAGGUUGAGGUUCGGAAGGACUGUCCUUAUCUUGAUACUGUUAAUAGACAGGUAUUUGACUGA